AUGCGCGAGCAGCAGCAGCCGUUCUGUUAUGAACGAGGCACGGUUCAGCUUUGGCAUCGCGGGAACAGAGAGGAGGGGGACAUAGCUAAUUUCCGUUUGCUCAGGCUGCUCGGCCGGAACAAGGGCUCGCACAGGGUAGAAGGGGGGGUUGUCCUUGACAACGCAACAACGAACGAACGUACCCGUGCUUUGUGUGUUUAG